UUACCCCGCCCAUCUCUGGCAAACCCUCCUGCCUGACGGUGGGAUAGGCCCUCCCAUUCCUGGCUCCUCCCCCCUGCCUGGCUCAGAGUAGGUGGCGCCGCCCCCAGGGAAGCAUGGCCGGUUGGGAGAGCGCUGAGAAGCCGCAGGAAGAUGAAGGUUUCGCCCAGUUCUUGGCCCUGCACUUACCGGCACUCACCGCCUCCGGGGUCCCCCAGCUCUACUGGGCCGCCCUGCACCGCAAACUGCAUGGGGAGCCGUGUAACCAUUGCUGAACUACAACUCCCAGAAUCCCCGGCAGACGGUGCAUGCUGGGAACUAGUGUUUGAUGCGGGGGAGAUGUUUGGGAUCACGUACGUGGAGGAAGCAGAGGAGGAAGAUGAGGAGGAGGAGGAGCUACAGGAGCAGGAAAUGAAGAAGCCAAAUCCCGGCACUGACCCGCGUUCUAAAGUGAUUGUGACCCAUGAGGGGGGGCUCAGAGCAUCCAAUCCCAACAGCAUCUUCCUGAUUGACCAUGCCUGGACCUACCGUGUGGAUCACGCGCGGCAGCAGCUCCUGCAGGUCCCCGGCCUCUUCCACCGUAUGGCCAAUCUCAUUGGGCUCCCAUUCCAUGGGGAGGUGCCGGAUGAAGGCAUGGUGGAGGCGGUGCUUCAGGAAAUGUGGAAAUACAACCAGACCUACCAGCUUUCCCAUGGGUCGGCAGAGGAGAAGGUUCCGGUCUGGUACAUUAUGGAUGAGUUCGGAUCUCAGAUCCAGCACUCGGACGAACCAACGUUUUGCACUGCUCCCUUGUUCUACUUCCCUCAGCAGAUCGCCUUCACCGUCCUGUGGCCCCUAAGGGACCUGGAAAAUGGAGAGGAGGUUACGCGGGAUUUCGCCUACGGGGAGCCCGACCCGCUGAUACGGAACUGCCUGUUGCACCCUUGGAGACCCGUUGACAUCACUCACAUUGGGUGCCACACCCCGGAGCCGCCGGCCAGUUAUUAUGAGGCCAUCUUUGCUGAGAAUAAAGAGUCGCUGCCAGUUCCCAUUACGCCGGCCUCGCCCACCCAGGACAAAGUACUCAAGGUACACACAGACAUGCAGCAGGUACUGGGGGGGCUCACACAUCCCCGGUUCCAGUUUACGGAUGACGAGAAAGAAGCCGACGUCCUGUUCAAGUUCUCCCACAUCAAGGAUUACAAGGCGCUAAGCACGGAGAGGCCCCACCUUCUGCUCAAUCAGUUCCCCUGUGAGAACCUCCUCACCGUUAAGGAUUGUUUGGCCUCGGUGUCGCGUCGGGCCGGGGGUCCAAGAUGGCUGCCGCAGACCUUUAACCUACGCACGGAGCUGCCGCAGUUCAUCAGUUACUUCAAGCAACGCGAGCAACGCGGCGACGACAAUCACUGGAUCUGCAAACCAUGGAACCUGGCGCGGGGCCUUGAUACCCACGUAACCACCAACCUCUCCUACAUUAUACGGCAGAGGGAAAGCACCCCCAAGGUGGUGUGUAAGUACAUCGAGGAUCCGGUUCUUUUCCAUCGGGAUGAUGUCGGGUUGGUGAAGUUUGAUAUUCGCUAUGUGGUUCUGCUGCGCUCGGUGCAGCCCCUGAGACUUUACGCUUAUGACGUCUUCUGGCUCCGCUUUGCCAAUAGGCCGUUUGCGCUGGACGAGCUGGAUAAUUAUGAGAAGCAUUUCACAGUAAUGAAUUACACCCCCGGUGUUGAGCUGAAACAGGUUCACUGUGACGAGUUUAUCACCCUGUUUGAGAAGCAGAACCCCGAGAUCCAGUGGAGCAGCAUACAGGCGGAGCUGUUCAAGUGCUUCCGAGAGUUAUUCGAAGCAGCUGCGUCCAAACCCGCCCCCUACGGAAUCUGCAAUUACCCCUCGUCCCGGGCAAUGUACGCCAUCGACCUGAUGCUGAAAUGGGAAACUGACACUGAAGGGAAGCGGGUGAUGCAGCCACAGAUCCUGGAGGUCAACUUUAACCCCGACUGCGCCAGGGCCUGCAAGUACCACCCCAGCUUCUUCAACGACGUCUUCAGCACUCUCUUCCUGGGAGAGACAGCCGGCUGUCACGUGACCCCCAUUCUCUAAGCCGAGUGCAACGCAAUAAUAUUCCCCCCCAUGCUUGGGAACAUGGAUUUAUACUGCAGUGCCCCCCCCCCCUCCCCUAUGGGCUUAGUACUAGGGUCACGUGUCUUGCUAUAGCAAGCUGUGAUUGGCUGGCAAAGGCUUAGGCUUCCUGGCUGCAGCUUGAGGGUUGGGCAACGGUUUGCUGAGGAUUCUGGGAGAUGUAGGAUUAAAGCAAUAGACUCACGGUUGAUGCAAUCAAUAGACUGUACACAAAGCUGCUUCCCCCCCCCCCCAGGUCUUAGUCACAUAUAUAUAUAUAUAUAUAUAAUACAGUAUAUAUUCAGGUAAUGGGCACUGCUUCCCCCAAUGUAUUUGGGCAGAAUACUGAGUACGUCCCCCCAUUUCUAUUGGGGAGCAAGUUGUUUUUUUUCAUUGCACCCCAAACCAAUUGAGGAAGAGUUAAUGUUACCCCGCAGGGUUUGGUGGGUUCCAUUCUGUCCCUUUUCAUCCGCUACUUGGUACAGUCCGGCCAAUAAAACCAAAACGAUAGAAUCACAUGGGUGUGCUGUGUAUUAAGCUCCGCCCUCGGUUAAUCUGCAGGGAGGGGCCAGUCCUGAGUUGCCACAGAAGGGGCAAUGGUACCGGUCUCUGAAGCUGCUGAUGAAAUGAAUUGAAAUCAACAUCGCCACCUGGUGGCAGCAGCUGGUAAUGUUCCGUCUCUGCUUAGAAACUGGAGCGAGUCAUGUGACGUUUCAGCCCAAUAACAUUUUCCUUUCACAGCUCAGUGGGACCCAGACUGUAAUAAAUGAAAAAUGUCUGAUGUGGGCGGGGCUAAAGUGAUUUUCCUUCCCAUGAGCACCCCUUGUGUGACUCUCUAGAACCAGUAGCUGUGUCCUUAUGCAACGGUGAUUGGUUGGUGCCGGGUAACUAAACCAUUUCUGGGUUAAAGGGUAACUGUCACCCUAAAAAGUCUUAUGCA